AUGUGCUCCCGCCAGGACAAAGACCAGUGCCACCAGCAGGAACGAUCCUCCUGCCACAGCAGUGAAGGUGGAUCUGGAUGCUGUGGCAGCAGUGGUGGAUCUGGAUGCCGUGGCAGCAGUGGUGGAUCCUGCCAUGGGAGCAGUGGUGGAUCUGGAUGCCACAGGAGCAGUGGAUCUGGAUGCCGUGGCAGCAGUGGUGGAUCUGGAUGCCACAGGAGCAGUGGAUCCGGAUGCCACGGGAGCAGUGGUGGAUCCUGCCAUGGGAGCAGUGGUGGAUCCUGCCAUGGAAACCCCCAGGAGUGCCAGCAGCAAAUCUACCAAGUAUCCUCAAAGAUGAAGUGA